UCAAGAGCUCGACUCGACGGAUCAUAAUGAAGAUUGCAACGGGUUUAACGAUUCUAUCGCUAAUCAGCUUAGCACUUGGCAAUCCCGUCUCCAACGAUGACCACGACAAACUAACAGUUACGAAGAGCUUGUUCGCUGAGAGUUUAAUACAAUACACUGGUCAACAUGAAAUAGUGAACUUAUUGUUACCUAUUAAUGGUCUCAAUAUUGAAAAAGAAGAAGAAAAAGGCACAAAAAAAUCAAGUUUUGAUUCUGAUUCUAACGAAAACGAUUUACAACUUACUGCAUUCUUUGUAGAAGCUGAUACAGACUCAGAUGGCAAACGUGUAGAUCGAGGCCUAUAUAUGCUAAAAGAUGGUGUUGCAACUAAACUAUUAGAACAUGGUAGAGACGCAGCCGCAUCUUAUGACUUCAGUAAAUUGGUCUUCUUCGGAGCCGCUGACGGAAUUUACGUUUACGAUAUAAAAAAGAAUUCCGUCGAACUAUACGGUACAGUUACCGACAGUAUAAUCGGCAUUGCUAAAGAAGCAACCGGUGACGUGAUCUAUAUCCUGACUGAGAAUCAUGAAGUAUACAAAGUAUCGAACGAAGGUACAACAAAGGAGAAAUUAGACAACAUAGUUAACGCAAAACAAAUUGUUGUCGACUAUUCCAACAAUAUUUACUUCUAUUCGGACGAUAAACAAGCGUACGUCCAUUUAGCUGACGGUGUGAAGAAAAUCGAAGGUCUGCCAGAAAACCCCAACAGCGUAAAACUCAUAAAACCACCUUUCAUGUUGGACAAUGGAGUUCUAUUCCUUGUUGAUAACAAGGUUUAUACUAUCUUCGCUAACGGAACAAGCGAACCGCUUGGAAUAGAUUUCGAUUCUGACGCUGUACCAACUGCAUUCUCUGUAGAACCAUUCCUAACCCAACUGUAUGCCUAUAACAAGAGUAUUUAUGAAUACAACGUAUUAGCUAUUCUUUUCGGAGAUAUUUUGGAACCAAUAAGACCGUAUGUUACAAAGGCAUCAAACAAGAUUGGACCAGUUUCAUUGAAAGGAAAAAUUCUCAUGCGGAACCAAUCCAAUUAAGUUCAGUUUUAUUCUAAACAAUAAAUGAAAAUACUUAAACUUUAAA